UUACUCUAUUUUGAUUCUAACAAACUAAAAAGGCUUUUAAAAAAAGGGAGAAUAUAUAGGGAGUGAAACACAAUAUUGGGAAAGCUGAGGGGCUAUACUUACAUUUUAACCGAUAAAAGGGACGUCAACCUGCAGACGCUGAAGAGUGGAACGGAGGAGGUGGUGAUGGGAAGCGAGAGGCGGCGUUCGACCCCGUCGCUCGACGAGCGCUCUGCGUCGCGGUCGGAAAUGGCGGAGGCGGUUCCUUCGGAGUUCCUGUGCCCCAUCUCGGGCGCUCUCAUGGCGGACCCCGUCAUCGUCCCCACGGGCGAGUCCUUCGAGCGGAGCUGCAUCCAAGCGUGCUCCGACCUCGCCUUCACCCCUCCAUCCCUCGGCCUCUCCACCACCUCCUCGUCGUCCUCCUCUCUCCUCCUCAUCCCCAACGUCGCCCUCAAGAGCGCGAUCCUCAACUGGUGCGAGCUCAACGGGCUCCCUCGCCCGCGCCCCCUCCACCCCGACGCCGCUCGCGACCUCGUUCGCCGCCUCAUGGCGCCGCCCCCCGAACCCGUCGCCCCCAAAACCCCGCCUCCGCUCUCCGUGCGCACGAAGAGGGAGCCCCGCUCUUCUUCUCCCUUUGCCUCUUCGGACACCCGCAAAUUUGAAGCCCCCGUAGGAGCUUCGAUCGCGGGGGACCAUUGCUCGGAGGAGGACAUCCUGAUCAAAUUGCUCGACCCCGACCCGUCGGAUCACGAGGCGGCGAUGGUGUCGCUCCGCAGCACCACGAGGGAGAACCGGGAGCGGCGGAUCGCGCUGUGCACGCCGCGGAUCCUCGCCGCGCUCCGCGCCACGCUCCUCUCCAAGCGCGCCGCGGUCCAGAUCAACGCGGCGGCGGCGAUGGUGAACCUCUCGCUGGAGGCGCCCAACAAGGCGGCGAUCGUCCGGUCCGGGGCCGUGCCCCCGCUCGUGGAGGUGCUCGCGGAGGGGCACCCGGAGGCGCGCGACCACGCGGCGGGCGCGAUCUACAGCCUCGCCCUGGACGAGCAGAACCGCGCGGCGAUCGGCGUCCUGGGCGCGAUCCCGCCGCUGGUGCAGCUCUUCCGCGGCGGAGUGGCCGGUGGUUCGCGGGGGCACCGCGCGCGGUGCGACGCGGGGACGGCGCUCUACUACCUCUCUCUCGCGGCGAUGAACCGGUCGAAGAUCGCGCGGACGCCCGGGGCGGUGCGGGCGCUCCUAGACGCGGCGGCGGAGGCGGAGGCGGAGGCGGGGGUGAGGAGGCUCGCGGUGAUGGUGGUGGCGAACCUGGCGGGGUGCGCGGAGGGGAGAGCGGCGCUCAUGGACGGGGGAGCGGUGGCGGCGGUGGUGGGGAUGAUGAGGGCGGGGGCGGGGGAGGAGGAGUGCUGUAUAUCGGCGCUGUACGAGAUGAGCAGGGGGAGCUUGAGGUUCAGGGGAUUGGCGAGGGCGGCGGGGGCGGAGGCGGUGCUGGCGAGGGCGGCGGCGGAGGGAGGCGGCGGGGGAGUGAGGAGGGAGAUGGCGAGGAGGACGCUGAGGGCGAUGAGGGGGGACGACGACGGCAUGGGAGGGCCGGCGGUGGGAUCGGUCGGGUUCGACGACUACGACGGCACCUUCGUGUCGGAAGGGCUAGCGGCGCACCGUGGCCGCCACAGGGACUUCCGGGGGACUUCAGGGACUAACACCACCAAGUUUUGAUUUUCUGCAAAUUAUUAUUAUUAUUAUUAUUCCAUUUGGUCCUGCUCAAUUGUAAACUUUGUUAAACAGCUUGUUGCUUUGGAAUUAUUGUGAUUUUAUUGCCCAGUUUUAUUUUUU